AUGAAUGAUAGGCUUAGUAGAAACUUUAUCUCUUUUGUAAACACAUCAGGAGGCAGGAAGGAGAAAGCAGUCGGGAUUAAAAGGGAAGUUCGUGAUUUCUUCAUGGAUAACUUUCAGGAGAAGAAUGUGUCCAAACCGGUUCUUAAAAGAGUAGAUUUUUCAAAACUCACAGUUGAAGACAGUAAUAGUUUAGAGGUGGUUUUCAUUGAAAAUGAGAUUAAGGCAGCAAUUUGGAGUUGUAGUGGUAACAAGAUUCAUGGGCCCGAUGGUUUCACUUUUUUGCAGGAGUGUUGGGAUACAAUCAAGGAGGAUGUGGUUCGUUUUGUCUCAGAGUUUUACUCUAAUCCUACUCUUUCAAAGGAAGCUAUAACCUCAUUCAUUAGUCUUGUCCCUAAGAUCACGAAUCCUCAGUUUUUGGUUAACUACAAGCUAAUUUGUUUGGUUAGCUGUUUUCAAAAAACUCUAUCUAAAAUCCUGGCCUCUAGGUUAAAAAAGACCAUUUGGUCUAUUAUUUCAGUUGAGCAAUCUUCUUUUGUACUUGGUAGGAGUAUUUCUGAUCGGGUGGUAGUGGUCAAUGAAUUGUUGGGUCUUACUAAACAGUUGAUUAGGGAGUGUACGGUUUUGAAGAUUAAUUACAAAAGAGCGUAUGGUUGUGUGAGUUAA